AGUUAGAAUAGAAGCGAAUUCAAAAACCGAAAACCUACAAGCCAAUCAAGACGUUGAAGAACCCCUGCAUACAGUGGCGUCGAUUCUCCGCCAUUCCACUCCAGCAUCCACCCGCUAUCGAACACACAAUAUGAUCCCACCUAGGACCUACAAAAAGAGGGGAGAGAGACCGCAUCCACAGUUUAUUUUCAAAACCGGGACUGAAGUGACAUUCUACAUCCGUGAAGAAGAGGAAGAGAGAUACCUGUCUGUCAACAGAGGAAUGAUGAUCAGACUGGAACCAUGGAAAUGGAUUUCCGACGAGGAGCGAGACGUGGCCAGGCGAGGCAAGGACAAAACUCAGCAUAGCGCUGAAGGGAAGAAGAACGAUUCGGCAUCCCAGCUGAAUGAUCACAAGAAGAGGACGACGAGUCAUGCGGAAGGUCAAUGGUGUUGGGCGCUGUGGGACGACGGAGCGAAAACAGGAAGCGAUUCGAGAGUCGUGCAAAAAGUGAAUCAGAUCAGCAAAUCUGUAACUAAGAAAACUGAAGAAGAAGCUGUAGAAAUUGUGAUGAAACUGGAUUCCAUAAUUGGGCAGUGCCAUUCAACGUUGACGAAAAAAAUUACAGCAAUCUCAAAACUGAUUAUAUAUGGCGGGAGAUUGAUAAUGAUAAAGGAAAUAACUCUGAUUCAAUUAAAGAUUGUACUAAAAUAGUGACGAAAGGUGAUUCAAAAGAGAUGACACCAGAUGAAUGGGAAGCCUAGAUUGCUGAAAUAACAAAAAAUUACAAACAGAAAAGCAAAUGAAACGGGUAAAUAAAAACGCGUUAUUGACGUCGAUUUCAUUUCAACGAUGGCGUGAUGGACUUAUGGACCGUUUUAAAGAUUGUUCAGGAAUAGGACCUAAGGAAAUGCAACAGUGGAGAAAGAUGGAUGAGACAGCACAACGCGGAAGAAGAUAAGCAGCAACGCAUACCUAGUAUCAGAGACCAACCGAAUGAUAAGUCACAGCGGAAGAUGACCAGUCAGUCAGCGAAUGGACACUAACAACGAAGAUUUGGAAAAAAGAAUAUAUAUAUGAUUUAUAUAUGAGUUCAGAAGAAAAAACAAGAGAUAGGGUAUGAUUUUACGAUAGUGGCGAAGUUAUCGCAAGUACGUUUUUCUUUUAUUAUACUUCGAAGUAUAACGAAGAGGUAAUAGAUGCAAGAAAAACUUGUAUAUAAUUUCUAA